UUGGAAAGCCUAACGGCUUUGGGGCGCGCUUCGCGCGCCGCUAGAACUUUUGGAUGCCUGGAAUAUAUUUAUUUAGCUCUGCCUUUUCAUUGCUUCGGGCCUCCGGCCCUCGCCGAUCUUUGUUCUGUCUUCCGGGAUGGGUUGAAGCUCGGGCCUUCGGCCCUCGCCUCGUUUUUCCCCGUUGGGACUCAUCCUUCCACUUAGAGUAA